AUGCGCGUCCUCUCCUCCAUCCUUCGGCUGACGCCUCUUCCACGCAUCCACGCCGCCCACCUCUCCACCACCACAUCCCUCCUCUCCAACCCAAACUCCAAACCCCUGCCCCCACGCACCCCUCUCCUCGACUCGGACCUCAUAGAGAACUUCCUCAAGGGCUCCGGUCCCGGCGGCCAAAAAAUCAACAAAACCUCCUCCGCUGUCCAACUUAAACAUAUACCUACUGGCAUUGUAGUCAAGUACCAGGAUACACGUAGCCGGGAGAUUAAUCGCAAGAUGGCGCGGAGGAUACUGCAGGAUAGGAUCGAGGAGAUGGAAUUAGGGGAGGGAGCGAGGACGAAGGUCAAGGCGCGGGAGAAGGCAAAGAAGAAGGCAUCUGUAGGGAAGAAGAGCAGGAGGAAGUAUAGGAAGCUGGCGGAGGAGGGCAAGGGUGGCGGGGAGGAUGAGGAAGGUGGAGAGGGGUUUUUAGAAGGUGAGGGUGGUGCUGAUGAGAACGAAGGAUUGCAUAGGGAGGAAAAGAAGGUGGAGGUUGGUGGUGAGAGUAAGACGGUGGGUGGUUGA